GUUGUUGUUGCAAGCAGUUUAAACAAAAGAUAGCUUCAAAAAUAGUGUAAUAAUAUUAAAUAUAUAUUAUAUAGUGGAAGACUCUACCAUAGCAUAUCGUCCGCCACGUUGCCUUGGCAACCUAUGGACAAACAAACGAAAUCGUAACUUUGGCGAUUUUCAGUUGUUCUAAAGAAAUUUCACUAGUAAAAUGUUUAUACUAGACAGAAUAUUGCCUUUUAUAUUUAGCUAUAUUCGGCCAUUUAUUAAGUGGUUCUUGCACGCCUUCACCCGGCUAUCGGAGCUGCAGAGAAUCUGCUAUGGGGCACGGGCGGGAGCCAGCCGGACGCGACAAGUGGAAAGAUCCCUGACAUUGUCCAAAUCGUAUGAAAUAAAGCGCGUGGUCCACGACCUGGAUGAGGUAGCACCCUAUGCAGACAACAGGCAGCUCCUGGAGUUCUCUUCCCGCGCCGCACGCGUUGUUAUGCAGGCAAAACGCAUUAAAAACAACGUCCAUCCGGACUUUGCCCGUCUGUUUAGCAACUGUGUGUCCACCAUUUGGGGCUACAGACGUCUCAUGCACCAGGUGGAACAGUUGCGGGCCGAGAAAUACGAUUCGGAUAACCCAGAGCACGAAUACAAGCUGUUGGAGCUAUGGCAACUGCUGAUGCCAGAGGCGCCGCUAACCGGGCGAGUGAGCAAACAAUGGCAGGAUAUUGGCUUCCAGGGCGACGACCCAAAAACAGAUUUCCGUGGCAUGGGCAUGCUCGGCCUGGAGAAUUUGCUGUAUUUCGCCAGCGCCUACAACGAUGCGGCCAAGCAUGUGCUGCUCCACUCAAUGCAUCCCACACGCGGGUAUACUUAUGCCAUUGUGGGCAUCAACCUCACUUCAAUGGCCUACAAUCUGGUGAAGACCGGACAGGCAAAGACACAUUUCUAUAAUGUGGUGGCCCUGCACAAGCAGGACUUCAACUCCAUAGAGGAUUUCCAUAAAUUGUAUUGCUAUCUGUUUUUUGAAUUCGAUCGCUUCUGGAUGGAAAGCGAUCCACGCAAUAUUAUGGACUUUCGCGAGAUCUAUCAGGCGUUUGAAAUCACCAAAUUAGAGGCACUGCACAAUGAAAACACAAUUUUUAAAACCAAUUUGGUUGUAGAAUCCGUCUAAGCAAAUAUUUGUAAAUAUAUGGCAAUGAAGUAGAA